UAAGUACUUGUUAAGGGUUAAAUAAAUAAAGUUACGACACGAAUGAUCAAUUUAUGCUACUACGAGUCCAACUAGAUUCGAUUGAAAGCAACAAAUAUUCCAAAGGGACACCAGAUGUCGCUAGUGAUCAUCAGUAGGCCCGCCGUGGUUUCCCUCGCGUCCAUCGAAGAAGAACCAAACUUCCGGCCAAGGUGCGCCCUUUACUUCAGUCCCUCACUGCGGUUUGACAGAGAAUACUGAGAUAAAGGCGUCUUUCUUGCGCACGUUGAAUGCCCCGUAGCCGCCGGGAGGUUUUUAAUGUCGAACGUGAAUGUUAAACGAGCAAAGCAUGUCGUUGGUGUUCGACGGGAGUCCACUGAAAGCGAUGCAGGGCUCACACACUCACACGCCGCAGACCGUCCUGAGUGGCCAGGAGCUGUCUCAGGAGAUCAAGUCCUUCAUCAGCGGCGUCGACACAGUCCAGGGACGCAAGCUCAGCGUCCGGGAGCACGCUCGCUGCGCCGUGCGCCUGCUGCGCUCGGUCCCGGCCUGUCGAGGAGCCGUGCUGGAGCACCUGAGGGGCGUCUAUGACGAGCACGUCUCCGUCUUCCUGCACACCCUGGAGAGGGAGGGUGACGCCGGUUCUGGCAUCAGCUCCAACCUGGAGGACAUCAUUCAGGAGGUUCAUGGCGUGCUGUCUGAGUUCAUCCGCCUCAACCCACGGGCUUGGGCCCCCCUCGUGGCCAGCUGGGCUGUAGACUUGCUAGGUCAGCUGAGCAGCAAGCACGCCGGUCGAAGGGUAGCCCCCCACUCCUCCAGCCUCAAUGAGCUUCUCCAGCUUUGGAUGUCCUGUGCUGCCACUCGGUGCCUCAUGGAGGCCUACUCUCAGUGCUUGGCCGCCAUGCUGGCAUGGUGUCCCGACGCGUGUGUGGACGCGCUGUUGGACACCUCCGUGCAGCAUUCGCCACAUUUCGACUGGGUGGUGGCUCACAUCGGCUCCGCCUUCCCCGGGACGAUAAUCAGCCGAGUCCUGGCCUGCGGACUGAAAGAUUUCUGCUCGUACGGCGCCAAGGACCAAGGGCUGGUGGUGAACGGAGUGGACAAAGGCAGCAAGGUACCAAAGAUCGGCUCGGUGGUGGGAAUCCUCGGACAUCUGGCCGCACAUCACUCGGACAGCAUCCGGAAAGAGCUGCUCAGGAUGUUCCAGGAGAGCUUGGGCCCUUCCAGCCCGUUGUCUCCUACUUCAUCCUCAACCUCCUGGGAAGGUUCCCCUCAGCUGCGUCGAGCCGCGGUCCCAUUUCUCCUCCAGUUGGCUGCAAUGUCCCCAAACCUCUUUGGCGCUGUGUCUGCAGAGUUGGUGGAGCUGCUGCGCCCUCCUGUCUUGCUGCAGUUGCACAGUUUGCUCCAGGGUCUCCCGAGAGAAGAACUGGAUAACAUGCUCGGCCUGGCCGUCCACCUCAUAUGCCAAAGCCCAUCAGGGGGAGCUCGGGUCCUCCGCUUCCUGGCAGACACGGCCACGCCAGCCUCAGUCAUCAUCUCCGGUCCUACACUGUCCCCCCACGAAGGUGUCAGAGAAGGCUGCGACAGCUUGCUGCAAAUGCUGCUUCUGCACCUCCACAAGCUGGUGUACAACCGCUCGGAAGGAGCAGACGGCAACCCCCACCACUCCCAUCAGCCGCAGCUUGUCAUCCCGUUCCUGGAGGAGCUGCAGACGCACGUUGGCGAGCUGUGCGCCGAGACCCUGAGACUGGAGAGAAAGCGUCACCUCUGGCUGCAUCAGCUUCUUUGCCUGCUGUCCGUGUACGGAGGCCCUAGCGUGGCCACAGAGACACUCUGUCAGCUCCUCACUCAGGCCCGCAACCCAGAGGAGCUGGCUCUGGCCUGGCAGCUUCACAACAACCUCUCGUCGUGCAUGGCGGGGCUGAUAUCGGCGGCCGUGGCUCACUGCGUGGCCCAGAUCCACACGCACAUCCUGGGGCCCCGGCAGCUGAGGCAGCUGCUGCUAAACUUGGCCACAGUUAUUCAGAGUCAAGAUGAAGACAGGAGAGGAACACCAGAUGCUCCAUCCACCAUGGCCGUCCAGGUGGGAUCCGCUGUCUCCGUGCACCUCCACGAUUUUGGCCCGCUCCUUCUCCACGGUGACCCAGCAGUGUCCCACGCUGCAGCACGUCUCCUGGCAGCCAGUCCGCUCCCUCGCGCCUCCUCCCCAGCACACCUCCUCCUGCUCUCGCGUGCUGCCGCUGCUCAUUUCUUUCUGGCACUGCGGCGGCAAGGGGAAGUGGGGAAGGCGGGGAGAGACGGCGGGCAAUCAGCCGAGGCCGUGAGCUGUUCCGUGCAGAUGCUGUCCCGUUUUGCCGCGUACUCCCCACUCACUCUCAAGGCAGUGCUUCAGCAGCUGGUGGAGGGAGUGCUGCAUAAAGGCAAUGCUGACCUAUUCGGAGGGCAGAUUGCUGACAUGGCGGGCACCCCCGUGCCAUCACGGUCAGGAUCCCCCGACCUGGGAGCCUCUCUGUUGGACAUCAACUGUCGUUUCGGGACGACUGUCAACUUCUCUGGAAGCGUCUGGUCUGUGUUUCACGCAGGGGUGAUCGGCAAGGGACUGAAGAUGCACACCACCAUACCCCAGCCCGACCCAUCAGGGGUCAUGCAGAACAUCCAGACUCUGCUGACUCUCGUGGUCCAGUGUUGCACCUCCUCCGGUCUCAACGGCUCACACCCACCGUCGGACCCCGACGAGCCACCGCCCAUCAACGCCGAAGCAGCCAAAGUUGUUGCCGGCACGCUGGUGGAGAGCGUAUGUCCGGAUGUGGCCAACGGGGAGCUGUCCUGGCCUCCAGAGGAGCACGCCCGCACCACAGUGGAGCGCGACAUUCACAUACGGCGCUGCUUCGAGGCCCACCCUGUACUCUUCCCCCUGCUGCAGGUGGUGGCAGCAGGACGCCCGGCUCUCUGCUACUGCUCGGCUGUGCUCAGAGGCCUGCUGGCCACCCUGCUGGCCCACUGGGAGGCAUCUCGUGAGGCCUCAUCUGCUGACUCCCCGUGGCACCUCCAGGCCUCCUGCCUCCUGGUGUCCUGCAUGGGAGAGGGCCAGCUGUUGCCUCCUGUGCUGGCUAACGUCCACGAGGCGUUUUCCCACCUUGCUCCCUUUGAGGUGAGACUGCUACUCUUGGCGGUGUGGGAGUACGUGAGGGCCAAUGGUCCCAUGCCUCAGAAAUUUGUCUUCAACCCGGAGAAGGGUCUGUUCUGCAGAGAUUUCUCUCGGGACGGUGACGUGGCACGAUAUGUGUCGCCCAUUCACAGUGUCCUGCACAAGAACAUUGACAGACUGGGACACCUCUGCUGGAGGUUCCAGCUCUGAGAGACAAUGUGGAGAGAAUAAAAUAGACUUUUAAUUGUGUCACGUCACUCUACGAGUGGGCUGCAAUAUUGCUGUCGCUGUAAUUCACUGUCCUAUGUGUUGCUGUGUGCAUGUGUGUAUAUCGUUUUGUACCAUAUUUCUAUUAGACUUUAUACUUUUCCUGUUAGUUGUUUAUGUGGAAAAAGACAAGUGUACUGAAUAAUGGCCCACAUGCACUUAAUGCAACAAGCUGAGGUAAUUUACAUCCCUUAUUUAGAGAUUGUUUCAAAUUCAUCCCGUGGCUCAUAUUUUCUCUUGCAAACUUGGCUUUCCUGAAAUAUGCUCAAACUGCAAACCACUUGGUGGGGGGGUAAAAAAAAUAAAUAAAUCAAAUGCUCGUCAGCCAUGUGUUGAAUUGAGAUGUGGGAUGCUUCAUGUAUUAUCACUGGGGUGUCACGAGACGAGACGAUGCACAAGAUUGGGUCUACGUGACAAGAGUUUAACAUUACUUUUAAGAAAAGUGCAAUUAAA